AUGUACGGCACAUCAACCGGUCCCCAGACCGGGAUCAACACCCCUCGAUCCUCGCAAUCUCUCCGCCCUCUCAUCCUCUCGCAUGGCUCGCUCGAGUUCUCCUUCCUCGUUCCCACUUCGCUUCAUUUCCAUGCAUCUCAAUUGAAAGACAGCUUCACAGCCUCUUUACCCGAGCCCACAGACGAAUUGGCCUUAGAUGAGGAACCCUCAUCAGUCACCGAGUUGGUGGCCCGCUACAUUGGCCAUGUGGCCCACGAACUCGAUGAGGAGGAGGAUGCCCAGGGGAACUACCUGGACGUCUUGAAGCUCGUGAUGAAUGAAUUCGAGCGGGCCUUCAUGCGCGGCAACGACGUGCACGCCGUGGCAGCCGCGCUUCCCGGUAUUGUGGACAAGAAGAACCAAGUGGUUGAGGCAUACUACGCGGGACGAGCGGCGGCGGGCCGGCCCACCAAGCCCUACGACUCGGCACUGUUCCGCGCCGCAUCGGACGAGGCUGCAGGCAUCUACUCCGUGUUCGGCGGUCAGGGAAACAUUGAAGAGUACUUUGAUGAGCUGCGUCACAUCUACACCACCUACCCCUCCUUUGUGGAGGAGUUGAUCACCUCUUCCGCAGAGCUGCUGCAAUCGCUCUCUCACGAGCCCGAGGCCAACAAACUCUACCCCAAGGGUUUGGAUAUCAUGCAGUGGUUGCAAGAUCGGGACGCACAGCCAGACAUCGAUUAUCUGGUCUCAGCACCAGUCAGUCUGCCCUUGAUCGGCCUGGUGCAGCUGGCCCACUACACAGUCACCUGCAGAGUCCUGGGUCGCCAGCCUGGCGAUAUCCUGGAGCGUUUCCUCGGUACAACCGGUCACUCGCAGGGCGUGGUGACCGCAGCCGCUAUUGCGACGGCCACUACCUGGGAGUCGUUCGCCAAGGCGGCCCGCAAUGCCUUGACCAUGCUGUUCUGGAUUGGAUUGCGCAGUCAACAGGCCUAUCCCCGCACCUCAAUUGCGCCCUCAGUGCUGCAGGAUUCCGUCGAGAACGGCGAGGGAACUCCCACUCCCAUGCUGUCCAUCCGCGAUCUCUCUCUGGCCGCGGUGCAGGAGCACAUUGAUGCCACCAACCAACAUUUGCCCGAGGACCGACACAUUUCCAUCUCUCUGGUGAACAGUGCCCGUAACUUCGUUGUGACGGGUCCUCCCAUCUCCCUCUACGGUCUCAACCUGCGUCUGCGCAAGGUGAAGGCCCCUACUGGACUCGACCAGAACCGUGUGCCCUUCACCCAGCGCAAGGUUCGCUUUGUCAACCGCUUCCUCCCCAUCACCGCUCCUUUCCACAGCCAGUACCUCUCCUCGGCCUACGAUCGCAUUUUGGAGGACCUCGAGGAUGUGGUGGACAUCCCCGCUAAGUCUCUGGUCAUCCCCGUCUUCCACACCAAGACUGGAGAGGAUCUCCGUCAACUCGGUGACAAGAGUGUUGUUCCUUCCCUGGUUCGCAUGAUCACCCACGAUGCCGUGAACUGGGAGCAGGCUACCGUCUUCCCUCAUGCCACCCACAUUCUGGACUUCGGACCUGGUGGUAUCUCCGGUCUGGGUGUCUUGACCAACCGUAACAAGGAUGGUACCGGUGUCCGUGUCAUUCUCGCCGGUGAAAUGGAUGGCACCAAUGCCGAGGUGGGAUACAAGCCCGAGUUGUUUGACCGUGAUGAGCAUUCCGUCAAGUUCGCUGUCGAUUGGGUCAAGGAACACGGUCCUCGCCUCACACAAACCUCGACUGGUCAAACCUUCGUCGACACUAAGAUGAGUCGUCUGUUGGGUAUCCCUCCUGUCAUGGUUGCCGGUAUGACCCCAACCACCGUCGCCUGGGACUUUGUGGCUGCUACUAUGAACGCUGGUUACCACAUUGAGCUGGCUGGCGGUGGUUACUACAAUGCCAAGACCAUGACCGAAGCUAUCACAAAGAUUGAGAAGGUCAUCCCCCCUGGACGUGGUAUCACUAUCAACUUGAUUUACGUCAACCCCCGCGCCAUGGCCUGGCAGAUCCCUCUCAUCGGUCGCUUGCGCGCCGAGGGUGUCCCCAUUGAGGGUCUGACCAUCGGUGCCGGUGUGCCCUCCAUUGAGGUCGCCAACGAGUACAUCGAGACCCUGGGUAUCAAGCACAUUGCCUUCAAGCCCGGUUCCGUCGACGCUAUCCAGCAGGUCAUUAACGUUGCUAAGGCCAACCCCAAGUUCCCCAUCAUUCUUCAGUGGACCGGUGGCCGUGGUGGUGGUCACCACUCCUUUGAGGACUUCCACCAGCCCGUGCUCCAGAUGUACAGCCGUAUUCGCAAGCAGGACAACAUUGUCCUCGUCGCUGGCAGUGGUUUCGGUGGCUCCGAGGACACUUACCCCUACCUCUCUGGUAACUGGUCUGCCAAGUUCGGCUACCCUCCCAUGCCCUUCGACGGUUGUCUGUUCGGUAGUCGCAUGAUGAUCGCCAAGGAGGCACACACUUCUUACAACGCUAAGAAGGCGAUCGCCGAGGCCCCUGGUGUUGGUGAUGAGGAAUGGGAGAAGACCUACCAAAAGUCCACCGGUGGUGUUAUCACCGUUCUGUCCGAAAUGGGCGAGCCCAUUCACAAGCUCGCUACUCGUGGUGUUCUCUUCUGGCAGGAGAUGGACCAGAAGAUCUUCAAGCUCGACAAGGCCAAGCGUGUCCCUGAGCUCAAGAAGCAGCGCAACUACAUCAUUAAGAAGCUGAACGAUGACUUCCACAAGGUCUGGUUUGGCCGCAACGCUGCUGGCGAGACCGUUGACUUGGAAGAUAUGACUUACACCGAGGUUGUUCACCGUAUGGUGGACCUCAUGUACAUCAAGCACGAGUCUCGCUGGAUCGAUCCCUCCCUGAAGCGACUGGCUGGUGACUUCCUUCGCCGUGUCGAGGAGCGCUUCACCACUGCUGAGGGCCAAGCCUCCCUGCUUCAGAGCUACUCUGACCUGGAUACCCCUUACCCUGCCGUUGACAACAUUCUUGCUGCUUACCCUGCUGCUGCCGAUCAGCUGAUCAAUGCGCAGGAUGUCCAGCACUUCCUGCUCCUUUGCCAGCGUCGCGGUCAGAAGCCCGUGCCUUUCGUUCCCGUUCUGGACGAAACCUUUGAGUUCUUCUUCAAGAAGGAUUCUCUGUGGCAGAGUGAGGAUCUUGAGGCUGUUGUUGACCAAGAUGUCGGCCGUACCUGUAUUCUUCAGGGCCCUAUGGCCGCUCACUAUUCCAACAUCAUCGACGAGCCUGUCAAGGAUAUUCUUGACGGCGUUCACCAGGGCCACAUCGCAGGCCUUCUGCGUGAUGUCUACGGCGGUGACAAGUCCAAGAUCCCCACCAUCGAGUACUUCGGUGGUCAGCUCCUGAACACCGAUACUGAGCCAGAAAUUGACGGUCUGACCAUCUCUGAGGAGGCGAACAAGAUCAACUUCCGCCUGUCUUCUUCUACCUCUGCGGUCCUCCCCGACCUUGACAGCUGGUUGAGCCUGCUGGCCGGCAGUUCCUACUCGUGGCGACACGCUCUGUUCCUUGCCGAUGUCUACGUUCAGGGCCACCGCUUCCAGACUAACCCCAUGAAGCGCAUCGUGGCCCCUACUGCAGGCAUGCACGUGGAGGUUGCCAACCCUAACGAUCCCUCCAAGAUGGUUAUCAGCGUACGCGAGCCCUACCAGUCUGGCAAGCUUGUGAAGACUGUUGAAGCCAAGGUCACCGAGAACGGGCAGAUCAGCCUCACUCUGUUUGAGGGUCGCACUGCCGAGAACGGAGUUGUUCCUUUGAACUUCCUCUUCACCUACCACCCCGAGACUGGAUAUGCUCCUAUCCGCGAGGUUAUGGGUGAUCGUAACGACCGUAUCAAGGAGUUCUACUACCGUAUCUGGUUUGGCAACAAGGAUGUGCCCUUCGACACUCCCACCACUGCCACCUUCAGCGGAGGUCGUGAGACCAUCACCUCGCAGGCUGUUGCCGACUUCGUUCACGCCGUCGGUAACACCGGCGAGGCCUUCGUUGACCGUCCUGGCAAAGAGGUGUUUGCCCCCAUGGACUUUGCCAUUGUUGCAGGCUGGAAGGCCAUCACUAAGCCUAUCUUCCCUCGUACUAUCGACGGAGAUCUGCUGAAGUUGGUCCACUUGUCCAACGGCUUCAAGAUGGUUCCCGGUGCCCAGCCCCUCAAGGUUGGAGACGUUCUGGAUACCACUGCUCAAAUCAAUGCCGUCAUCAACCAGGAGUCUGGCAAGAUGGUCGAAGUUUGUGGUACCAUCAAGCGUGAGGGCAAGGCCAUCAUGCAUGUGACCAGUCAGUUCUUGUACCGUGGUGCCUACACCGACUUCGAGAACACCUUCCAGCGCAAGGAUGAGGUUCCCAUGCAGGUCCACCUCGCGACUAGCCGCGAUGUUGCCAUCCUCCGCUCCAAGGAGUGGUUCCGCAUGGAUGACUCUGACACCGAGCUUCUCGGUCAGACUCUCACUUUCCGUCUGCAGAGCUUGAUCCGUUUCAAGAACAACACCGUCUUCAGCAAUGUCCAGACCAUUGGUCAGGCUCUCCUCGAGCUGCCAACCAAGGAGGUCAUCCAAGUCGCGUCCGUUGAAUACGAAGCUGGUGACUCCCACGGUAACCCUGUCAUUGACUACCUCCAGCGCAACGGUACCUCCAUUGAGCAGCCGGUCUACUUUGAGAACCCUAUCCCUCUCAGUGGAAAGACUGCCCUGGAGUUGCGUGCCCCUGCCUCUAACGAGACCUAUGCUCGCGUUUCUGGAGAUUACAAUCCCAUCCACGUUUCGCGUGUCUUCUCUAGCUACGCCAACCUGCCUGGCACCAUCACCCACGGCAUGUACAGCAGUGCCGCUGUUCGUAGUCUCGUCGAGACCUGGGCCGCCGAGAACAACAUCGGUCGUGUCCGUGGCUUCCAGGUUUCCCUCGUUGGCAUGGUUCUGCCCAAUGACAUGAUCACUGUCAAGCUUCAGCAUGUCGGUAUGAUUGCCGGUCGCAAGAUCAUCAAGGUCGAGGCCAGCAACAAGGAAACCGAGGACAAGGUUCUUCAGGGUGAGGCCGAGGUUGAACAGCCUGUCACCUCCUAUGUCUUCACUGGUCAAGGUUCUCAGGAACAGGGUAUGGGUAUGGAGCUUUACGGCAGCAGCCCCGUCGCCCAGGAGGUUUGGGACCGUGCCGAUCGCCACUUCAUGGAGAACUACGGUCUGUCCAUCAUUGACAUUGUCAAGAACAACCCCAAGGAGCUCACUGUCUACUUCGGUGGUCCUCGUGGUAAGGCUAUUCGCCAGAACUACAUGGCCAUGACCUUCGAGUCUGUGAACGCGGACGGUUCCAUCAAGUCGGAGAAGAUCUUCAAGGAGGUUGAUGAGAACACCGCUUCCUACACCUACCGCUCCCCUACCGGUCUCCUUUCCGCUACCCAGUUCACUCAGCCCGCCCUGACUCUGAUGGAGAAGGCCAGCUUCGAGGACAUGCGCUCUAAGGGCUUGGUCCAGCGCGACAGCAGCUUUGCUGGUCACUCUCUCGGUGAAUACUCUGCUUUGGCCGCUCUGGCCGAUGUCAUGCCCAUCGAGAGUCUGGUUUCCGUGGUGUUCUACCGUGGACUGACCAUGCAGGUUGCCGUCGAGCGUGAUGCCCAGGGUCGCUCCAACUACUCCAUGUGUGCGGUCAACCCCAGCCGUAUCUCCAAGACCUUCAACGAGCAGGCUCUGCAGUACGUUGUGGAAGUCAUCGCCGAGACCACUGGCUGGUUGCUUGAGAUUGUCAACUACAACGUUGCCAACAUGCAAUACGUUACUGCUGGUGACCUGCGUGCUCUCGACUGUCUCACCAACCUUCUCAACUUCCUGAAGGCGCAGAACAUUGACAUCCCGGCCCUCAUGGAGAGCAUGUCUCUGGAGGACGUCAAGGAGCACUUGGUCAGCAUCAUCCAGGAAUGUGUUAAGCAAACCGAGGCCAAGCCCCGUCCCAUCCAGUUGGAGCGUGGAUUUGCCACCAUCCCCCUCAAGGGUAUCGAUGUGCCCUUCCACAGUACCUUCCUGCGCUCUGGUGUGAAGCCUUUCCGCUCCUUCUUGCUGAAGAAGAUCAACAAGACCACGAUCGACCCCAGCAAGCUCGUCGGAAAGUACAUUCCCAACGUCACGGCCCGUCCCUUCGAGAUCACCAAGGAGUACUUCGAAGAUGUCUACAAGCUCACCAACUCUCCCCGUAUUGCCUCUAUUCUGGCCAACUGGGAGAAGUACGAGGAGGGUAACACCAAUGUUGAAAAAUGA